AUGCCACCCUUAUUCGUUUUUGUUGCCGUGAUUCUUGUACUAACCAAUGCUUAAUCAAGUGAGAAAAAGAUAAACAAUAAAGGUUAUAAUUAUCUCCAUUAUGUAGAAUAAAAUGACGAUCUUCUAAAAAGUACAAAUAUUUUCAAUUCUUGCAUUAUUGUCUCUUACAAUUAUUUAAUACAGGAAGAUACCCAAAUAGAAAAUGAAUUAAAUAAAAUCAUGAUGAGUUAUGAGGAAAUUUAGGAUUUUGAAUAAAAAAUUGCACAACAAUACGUUGCAUCUAAAAGAAUCAAACUUGAUGCAGUCAAACAAUGCGUAAAUAAACAGACUGUUGAUGGAUCAUAAAAAAUAUUAUCAGAAUUGUAAAAUAAAAUAUUUGAUGCUAAAAACUAUUAUCAUUUGAUGAGUGGAUUCGAUUUAAAGAAAUACUUUGACAGAUAAGUUGAAUACAAAUUCACUUAAGAUGAUGAAACUCUUUCUGAUAUGAUUGAAGAAUUUUUGACCAAAUUGAAAAAAGCUCAAGGAGUUGAAGAGUUUGGAUUUAAUGAUUUAUACCCUCAAAUGAAGGAUGAUCAAUUGAAAACUAAAAUCUUCGGAGUAGCUCUUGAAUCCUCAUGGCUUUCAUAUAUGAUUUUCUUUUCAGUUGCCUUUGUAAUCAUUUUGAUCAUGAAAUUUGCUUACACAACUCUAUAGGAUUCACAAAAAACCAAUUCAAAAAAACAAAAAAAAUAAAAAAAAUGA